AUAACACAAUAAAGUCCAAGACUUAUUUCCAUGGCGGUCCUCCGUGAAGACAGAAGACAUGCACUUAGAGAUGUUAUGAAGACAGAAGCAUGGUGUCUUCUAAAAAAAAUGGUAUUGAACUGCCAGUGUAUGUGAGGAUCUACAAGAUAGAAAAAGAAAGCAAAAGGAAAAAAAAAAGAAGCUGAACGGAGCUUCGAGCUCACAGCUUACAACCUUGACGAACUGUGACAUGACUGGAGGAUUGGCUGCUGUUGUGUUCCGGAGUGUCUCUCAGGACGACCCCUCCCACAGCAACAUGCAACCCGAGCUGCAGGUGAGCAGUCCGGCUGCAGCUGCUCUGCUUCCUCCUCACACUCUGCUCGGAGUGCCUGCGGCGGGGGACCGACGCGCUUUACUCCAGAAAGACAGAACUUGCCUUUAGGAUUUUGGGGCUUCACACACGGGACGCGGACCUGCAUCGCGUCCGGAAAACAGACGAGCUGGUGAUUUCAUUAGGCAGCAGUGUGGGCGUAAAGUUGAUAAAAGCCACUAUCAGAGGCUUGUAAACCUGACUUGUGUACACCCAGUGAGACAGUAACCUGAGAGCUCAUUGUGAGGGAACACCAGGAUGCAUCCCAGCGCUUCACAGCUUUUAGGCAAGACCGAUGUUGGAGGCAGCCGCCACAACCCUGCCACAGCAGCCUUGCUGCUCUCCCUGUGUCUUGGCUUCCCUCCCUCUGUGGCCACUUGCCCAACAUACUGCCUUUGUGCCAGUGAUAUAAUUUCCUGCAGCGGCCGCAAUCUGUCUGCGCUGCCCUUUGAUCUCCCAAGCUAUGCCACACGGUUGGACCUGAGCCACAAUGCCCUCACUGUCCUGCCUGUGGACUGGAUUUCCCGACCGUUCGACCGGCUUGCUUCACUCGUUCUCAGCCGAAACUCCAUAAGCCGAAUUGAGGUGAAAGCCUUCACUGUGACGCCGCAUCUCCUCCACCUGGACCUCUCCUCCAACCGACUAACAGUUCUGAACACGUCCAUCUUCACUGGGUUGAAGGAACUAAAAGAGCUGCUGUUGUUUGGCAACCAGAUCAUCCAGAUUAACCCAGGGGCCUUCAGCGAUCUUCAGAGCCUGCAGAGGCUCUACCUCUCUGGGAACAGACUGAUGGCUUUCCCCCUGGGGCUUUAUUGGGAACCUGGAGGUCCUCAUAAUCUGUCCUUUCUUGAUUUGUCAUACAACAGGCUCUCCAAGUUGCCCGUUCAGAGCCUGCUGUCUCUCACCCAGCAAGGUGGAAUUUAUUUGCAGGGAAACCCUCUGGUCUGUGACUGUGCUUUACUCGCGUUGCUGGAGUACUGGAUGUGGAAACAGUAUCGCCCCCUGGUGGACUUCAGAGGUGAAUACCCAUGUAGAGAAGAUUCAGGACCAGGGUCUGAGUGUAGCCAGCAGGUAGUGUCAGAUAUGUCCCUUGAGGCACAGACUUACCAAAUAGAGCCUGGUAAAUGGCUAAGACUGCCAUGUCCAGGGUUGGCUUCUCCAGCCCAGGAGGGGCUGGUGGUGUUCUGGGUUACCCCCAGAACUGUGGUGAAUUCAUCAACCAAUGAUCCGAGUGCCCACCUACUAGUUUUCCCCAAUGGCACCCUUGAAAUCCAAGGAGCCCUGAUGGAGGAUUCUGGUAUGUAUGGGUGCGUGGCAGGCCGCAGGCGCCACUAUGACCCCCCCGAGUCUUUGGAGGUCAAUGUGGUGGUCGGAAACUUAAGCACUGCCUCCGCCAGUGGCUUGGCACACCGUAGCGGUGCCGAGCAUUUCAACACAGCGUUUACCACCCUGGCUUCCUGUGUGGUCAGCAUCAUACUGGUGCUGCUCUACCUGUACCUCACUCCCUGUCGAUGCCGGGAAAGCCGGGGCGGGGGGUCGAGAGGGUGCGGCGGGCGAGCCAUCAUCCUCUGUUCAGACCCCAGAGAGGUGGAGUCAGGACAGCGGCGGUCAAAUGGAAAGAGGGUGGCUUUCUUAGAGCCUCAGGCAGACGACUCUGAUAUUGGUGGCCCAAAAACACCAGCAAUGAACUUGUGUGAUGUUACCACUGAGGGAAUUCUCAAGAAUGGAAGUAGGACAGUGGGACAGACCCUCACAGACCCCGCUCACAUGGCAUAGCAAGAAAAUUACCUUUUGCACAUUCCGGUAUUCUUACAGUCUGAACCAAAGUGUUUUUUUUUUCAUUGUCUUGUUUCACUACAACAUGAUGAAAUCCAUUUGAUGUGAAGUAGUGUACUGUGAUUCUUGUGAAGUAGUAAUACACUGUAGGGUUUGGGUGUUUGAAUUUCAAUGAUGUCUCGACUGUCAUUGGUGUCUGUUUUUUAUAUUAAGAGUUCAUAUGUAAAUUUCACUGUUAAUGUGGGAAAUUGAUACUGCAAAGAUCACAAAGAUUAUAUAAACGUGGGUGGUGUUUUAAAUUGGGCUGAGAGGAAUAUUCACACCUGAAUUGAAGCUGCUAUAGAGGCAAUAGUGGUUAUUAGACAGUAUAUGCAUUGUGAAUUCUGCCAUCAGUGACCCUUGUUAUUGUUAACCAUCUGUCUCUGUACUGUGAAGCACGUCAUUUUCAAAACAUGUCAGUCAUAUGUGUGAAAUUAUCUGAACUUUGAUGUUUUUCCAGAACAAACUGUGUCUGCUACACACCUUCUUCAGAUUAUGUUAAUCAAAUAUAACCCUGUGAAAGUUCCUUUAUAAAAAGCAAAGAAACAAUACAAAGUGAGAAAUAGUGAAGCCUAUUAUGUUGCUAUUAGGUGGAAACCUACAAACUUGUGUUUAGUCAGACAAAAAUGCAUUUGAUGAACUCGUGGUGGAAUUCUCUUAAAGGCGUGGUUCACUCAAAUUAAAAAAAUAUUUUUUCCCCUUUAUACUAUCUAGGCAUGCAGAAAGUUUCAGUUUUAUUUGCUUAGGUUUUGAGACAUCAGUCUCUGAGAUUUCUGUCUCCACCCCAAUACAAUGGAGGUUGAAUGGAAUUUAGUUUGUGUUCAUAGCACUGAAAAUUGUGUUUAAAGCUGCAUUAAUCAACAUUUUAUUUAUUAACAAUGUGUCAAAUGACUGUAUAAUGUGAAAGGGGUCACUCGAAGUGACAAACAAACUAAGAAUUAUAACAUAACUCUCAGGAGCAAUUUAGCAUCUUUCAGCCCAUUGUUUUGGUAUUUACGGCCCACAACUUUACUGAUUUGGUUCAGUCCCAUUGCUCUCAUCAACCCUGUUUCCAGCCACAGAAGGCAGCUUUUUUUUAGCAAAAAACACGUGUUGUUUGUUUUUUCGUAAUUUAAUCUGUUGGAUGAGCAUGAGAUGAUUUCGUGAAAAUUAUAAAAAAUUUCAAAUAAGGUAUGAAGUAUUCAUGUGGCUGCAGCUAUAUCCUGUAUAACUGCUGUAAUUUGAGCACAAUGAAGUACUUUGUUGGCACCGUAGAACAUCCACAGUUCUCCAAAGGGGUGUCAGAGUUGAGGUCUGGACCAGCCCACCUGGAGCUGGUUUGGAUUUACACUUCGCUGGUUGGACACUUGUCAACCUGAUCCCUGUUAAAAAUGGACUUUCCUUCUCACCCUCCACCUUGUUACACUGACCCACAGCUUUACAAACAGCAGAUUUACGGACGAAUUGAUCCUUAUUAGCUCGGACAGGAGGGGAGGUUGGGCUCGGUGAUGAAGCCCCAGUCAGCCCAGAUUAGUGUCACAGAAAUCAGAAGGAGGUUUGCCAGCUCGCCCCGAGCCCACCAUGACCCACAUUCCUCCAUCCUCCCUUUGUUUGAUUUUUAUAGGUAUGUGGACUCAUUUCCAAGGUGCCAAGAGGCUUGUUAAAGUUUCCUUGGCUCUACAUGUCCAUGCUACCACUGUCUGGAUAUUAACUUUUUAUAUUUUUCCUGUUCUAUUAGAUGCAGGACAAAUUUUAAGUAGAUCAGUGAAGGUAACACUUUGUCAUGACUUCAAGAGCUGCUAUUUGUAGGUAUGAAAUAAAAUGUUUCAAUUUGGA